UUCCUCGUCCUUCACCAUGGCUGAAAUUCACGACCAGUUCGACACCAUCCUCAUCCUCGACUUUGGCUCUCAGUAUAGCCAUCUAAUCACUAGGAGAUGUCGUGAACUGAACGUAUACGCCGAGCUGAUGCCAUGCACCCAGAAGAUCAAGGAGGUGAAGUUCAGACCAAAAGGGAUCAUUCUUUCCGGAUCGCCAUUCUCGGUCUACGACAAGGAUGCACCACAUGUUGACCCCGAGGUGUUUGAGCUUGGAGUACCCGUCCUCGGCAUUUGUUAUGGUCUUCAGGAGAUGGCGUGGAACAUGAAGGGCAAGGUGGCUAAAUGCGAGCAUCGGGAGUACGGCUUUGCCCAGGUUGAGAUAUGCAAGAUUGGUGGGGAGAACAAGGGAGUCGACGCGUUAUUCAAGGAUUUGGGCGAUGAUUUGCAGGUUUGGAUGUCGCACGGCGAUCAACUUUCUGAACUGCCGGAGGGAUUCCACGUCAUUGGCCGCACAGGAACCGCGCCAUAUGCCGCGGUAGCACACAGCUCGAAGCCUUUCUAUGGAAUACAAUUCCACCCUGAGGUCACGCACUCCAAGCGGGGAAGGGAGGUGAUCAGCAACUUCGUAGUGGGCAUCUGUGGCUGCAGACAGCACUGGACAAUGGAGGAGUUCAUUGGAAAAGAGAUCGCGCGCAUUCGCGAGAUCUGUGGACCCAAAGGUCGCGUGAUAGGGGCGGUCAGCGGCGGUGUUGAUAGUUCUGUUGCGGCGAAGCUGAUGCAUGAAGCUAUUGGCGAUCGUUUCCACGCUAUCAUGGUUGACAAUGGCGUUCUCCGUCUUGAUGAGGCGCAACAAGUGCACGAGAUGUUGAACAAAGAUCUUGGCGUAAACCUCACUGUCGUCGACGCGUCGGGCCUCUUCCUUUCGCGUCUCGAGGGCGUCGAGGACCCAGAACAGAAGCGCAAGAUCAUUGGCAACACGUUCAUCAACGUCUUCGAGACCGAGGCGGCGAAGAUUGAAGCCGAGGCUGAGAAGGAGGAGGCCAAGGGUAGCGAGGCCAAGGGCAAAAUUGAAUGGCUUCUCCAGGGUACGCUCUACCCCGACGUCAUCGAGAGUAUUAGCUUCAAGGGCCCAAGUGCGACGAUCAAGACGCAUCAUAACGUUGGCGGUCUGCUCAAGGACAUGAAAUUGAAGCUUAUCGAGCCUCUCCGGGAGUUGUUCAAGGACGAGGUCCGCGCCCUCGGUCGUCUACUCUCCAUCCCCAAUCACCUGGUCCAGCGUCACCCAUUCCCCGGACCCGGUCUCGCCAUUCGUAUCCUCGGCCCCGUCACGCGUGACCAGGUCAAGAUCCUCCAACAGGCGGACAGCAUCUACAUCGAGGAGAUCCGCAAGGCGAAUCUCUACGACCAGAUCAGCCAAGCGUUCGCUGUGCUUCUCCCUGUCAAGGCAGUCGGCGUUAUGGGCGACGCACGGACCUACGAGCAGGUUAUCGCGCUCCGUGCGGUGCAGUCCGAGGACUUCAUGACGGCCGACUGGUUCGUCUUCCCCGCCGAGGUACUCCGCCGCAUCUCGUCGCGGAUCACAAACGAGGUGCAAGGGAUCAAUAGGGUUACGUAUGAUAUCUCGUCGAAACCACCUGCGACGGUGGAGUGGCUAUAGAUCUAUAGAUAUCAAAGCAAUCAAAUAUCAAAGC